AUGAGGGAUAACUCCCUACCAGGCUGGGAUGAUGGCCUCAAGCCCCUUGAUGCACUGGGCAUCUUCUACGUGAUCUUUGACGUCGUCUGGACUCUCCUUGUAAUGACAGGGCUCAUCUGGCUGUGGGGCAACAGGGCCAUUCCCUCUGUCCGCAUGCGCAAUGUACCUCUGGCAAUCUGUUCAGUGCUCUUUCUGCAUGGCUAUGGGGGGUUCUACAUUCUUGUUUAUCCACUCAAGGGGAUUACUAGCUGCCGCCUCGAGUUCUGGCUCAUGUGUGGCGUACUUCCAGUGGGGAUUGCGUUGUUUCAGGCUACCAACGUCCAGCUGCUCAGCGUGGCUACUCUCCAGCAGCGUUUCAUCAGGGAUGAUGGCACCUUUGACGAGCCGACUCCGCAAGAAAUUCGCUGUCCGUUCAACAAGCUCAAGUGCUGGUGGACGCACCUCUCGUGGGCUAGGCAGACUAUGUUUGCUAUUGCGGUUGGGAUGUUUAUCGAGAUAUGUUUCUCUCUACUUGCAUUCUUCGGGUCCAGAAAGUUCCAUUCAUAUGGGUUGUGGUCAGAAUUUGAAAACCCUCUGCAGUGCAGGCAAGGCGUCGAGUGGAUCCGGGAUAUUAGGGAUGUCCACUGCUGGCGUUUGCAAACGACCCUUUGUAUCGUUUCUGGAUUAAUUGCUCUCCCAAUGUGGCUUGGAUCCCUUUAUUCACCAAACCUCGAAUACCGCCAAAUGAACUUCUACUGGGCUCCCCCGUUGUGCAUCGCAGCCCUUGAGCGAGUUCUAAAAGGCGAUUCGGCGCUUUUUCUUCACUUCGCCGCUACGCACGACUUCUCUGGUGAAAACAUCAUGUUCCUGAACCACGUUCGAGACUGGAAAGCAGCCUGGGCCCAAUCUCCCGCCAAUCUAAAGUUUCAAAAGCCAAACGCAGAGGAGGUAGAAAACUACCGUCGUCACCUGUAUAACAUCGCCCUCGAAAUAUACGUCACGUACGUCCAUCUUUUCGGUGCCGAGUUCCCCGUCAACAUCGAGUCGGAAAUCUACCAUGACCUGAAAACAGUCUUCAUGCCCGCAGCGAUGUCACUCAUGAGACUUCCCAAACGCAAAUCCGCCCAAUUCGGCGUUCCCGCUACCCCAAUAGACAUCGAAUCAACCGUAGCCGUCUUUCCCAUCCAACCGGCCGCGGACUCUGAUGUAAGCUUGCGAAAACGAACUCCCGCCCAGGAAUACGAAGACAUCCUGUAUCGCCGUUACCAGAACAUUGUCAACAUGGUACCCCGCCUCCCCCCUGACGCGGUCAUCCCCGACACAUUCAAUGAGACUGUGUACGACGAAGCUGCGGCGUCCGUCAAGGUGCUGAUCCUCCGCAACACCUGGCCCAAAUAUGUCGACUAUCAAGCUUCGAUCCGGGAGCGGGAGGCUAAGAAGAAUAUAUACGCGCGCUUCGUGGCGUUUUUCAGCCGCCAGCUGCCGUCGAUGGUUAAAGGCUAA